AUGCAGACAUCACAUGAGCCUAGACGGUUAUUCACGAACGGGCUCGCUAGCAAUGUCAACGACCUUGUGCAGAGUCUACACACAUGUCUCCGAGUGGAGCGUUUCGAGAGAGCUCGACUCGUCAUCGAAAAGUUGCGCCAACGCUGCCCCAGAGACUCAUUCGAAAUUCAACAUGCCCAUAACGCAUACCUCGAUGCAAGCCUAGCACAAAUCGAGAACACCCGAGGAUGGAGUACGAAAGCGGAAUAUUACGAGUCCAUGCGGGACUGGUUCGAGAAUGACCUUGUACAACAUGAUUAUCCCGUCGAGUCGCAUAUGCUAGUCGUCAUGAUGCGCGCUGCCAUGAACUCGCUGUCAAAAGCCAAGCAAGAACGCGCCAUGCGUCGAUAUGUAGAACUUGCAGAGGCCUCUGGACCGGAUAUGAUCGACGAGAUUUGCGAUGCCGACGACUUUACUGACGACGAGUUUAUGAGAAUCGGAAGCAUAUUACCCACGAUCAAGUCACGGCCGACAGAAAUCGAGCAGCCUGCCGAAACAAAUGAGCGACCUUCCCUCGAUUUGGAUGUCUACCCUAUGGCCGAUCGUACCGACAUACCCGCAGUACUAGAAGUUACCCAGAAAGGAAUGGGCCUGGCUUCUCUAAAGCAGGCUCUCGACGCUGCAUCACCCGCGCUCCAAGCAAUCACAUCGCUCGAGGAUAUGGAAAAGACCAGACUCACACCCGAGGAACGCGAGCGUCUGCUUGAAGAGAGCGCAGGUCUAGCUGCUAUUGCGCGCUGGAAACUCGAGGAGGAACAUUUGCAAAAGCUUGGUAUACACAACACUCUUGAGUCAAAGCCACUUGGCGCUCUGAUGUGGCAAUGGUACUCAGACUUGCUGCCUGCGCUGCGCGAGGAAAUAGAAGCCUGUCGUGAGGUCAUGGACAACCCCCCGAGAGACAAUACUGUCAAAGAUCAGCUCAUCUACGGACCUUUCAUCGAGGCUGUGCCUGUAGAACAACUAGCUGCGACCACUAUUCUCAGCGUCAUGUCUGCAUUCGCUAGCGGCAAGGAAAGGAGUACAGGCACCUACAACAGCAACCAGAGGCUUGGACGUCUUACAGCCAAUCUCGGAAAAUCCAUGCAGGACGAGGCCAAUGCGGAAGCUGCUAGACAACGUGCUGUUGCUGAGCGUAAAGCAAAGCUUGGUCGUACGCCCAAAAAGCAGCCAAAGGCGGCACACCCAUACUUCGAUCCGGAACUGCAUGUAUGGCCUAGUGACGUUCGCGUCAAGUUGGGUGCUAUGCUUGUCUCGAAGCUUAUCGAGACUGCCAAGAUUCCUGUCACCAGACAGCAUCCUAGGACAAAAGAGAUGGUUACGCAGACUCAGCCAGCUUUUCUUCACAAGACGCUUUACGAAUCAGGAAGAAAGCAAGGGUGGCUUUGUCCCAGUUCUGAGCUGAUUCAGAAACUCCAUCGCGAGCCUGUGGCUGGUCUGAUUGCCAAGAGACUUCCCAUGGUCGUCGAACCUAAACCUUGGACCAACUUCAGCAGGGGCGGUUACCUCAACUAUCCCACACCUGUCAUUCGUUUCUCUGGAGCAGAUAGUGUGCCUCGCGACUACGCCUAUGCUGCCAUUCAACGAGGAGAUCUUGACAAGGUGUUUGAGGCUCUCAACGUUCUUGGCAAGGUGCCUUGGAAGGUCAAUGAGAACGUGCUGCGUGUGCAAAUCGAGGCGUGGAACACUGGCGAGCCUAUCGCCAAUUUCGCUCCUCUAAACCCAAAGCUAGACCUGCCUCCCGAACCUGCCGACAAGUCUGAUCCCCAAGCGCGUCGUCAGUGGUUACAGACUGUCAAAGAUAUCGAAAACAUCAAAGGCGGCUACCAUUCACAAAGAUGUUUCCAAAAUUUCCAGCUUGAAAUCGCCAGAGCUUUCAGCAAGGAGAAGGUGUACUUCCCUCACAACAUUGACUUCCGUGGUAGAGCUUACCCUAUCCCACCUUAUCUCAACCACAUGGGUGCCGACAACGCUCGUGCUCUAAUGACCUUUGCCAAUGGAAAGGAGCUUGGUGAAGUCGGAUUGAGAUGGCUCAAGAUUCAUCUGUCCAACGUCUUUGGUUACGACAAAGCUAGUCUGUCAGAGAGAGAGAAAUUUUCUGAGGACCAUAUGGACGACAUUCGCGACUCAGUAGCUAACCCUCUGGGUGGCAGGAGAUGGUGGCUUCAAUCUGAGGAUGCAUGGCAAACUUUGGCUGCGUGUUACGAGCUGAAAGCUGCCAUGGACCUUCCUGACCCAACCAAGUAUGUUUCGCAUCUUCCAGUACACCAGGAUGGUACUUGCAAUGGUCUCCAGCACUAUGCAGCUCUUGGUGGUGAUACAGCUGGUGCACGUCAAGUCAACCUGGAACCUGGAGACAGGCCUUCCGAUGUCUACACCGCCGUCGCUGAAGGAGUCAAGGCAGAGGUCGAGAAGGACUAUGCCGCAGGUCAUCCUGUAGCAACUUUUCUCAGAGGCAAAAUUACUCGCAAGGUCGUCAAGCAGCCAGUCAUGACCAACGUUUACGGUGUCACCUACUUCGGCGCCAGAGAGCAAGUCAAGAAACAGCUUGAAGAUAUCUUCCCCGAGAUUCAUCGUCACGAUGCCCUAGAUCAUCUCACGCUUGCCUCUUACAUCGCUAAGAAGAUUUUCAAGUCUCUAGGUGAGAUGUUCAGGGGUGCGCAAGCAAUUCAGACAUGGUUGGGAGAUUGCGCAGACCGAAUUUCUACUUGCGUCACACCUGAGCAGAUUGCGUCUAUGCAAAAAGACAACUCAGAAGGCAGAUCCGUCAUCCCAGAGAAGUCUGCAGGUGGCAAAGGCAAAACAAAAGCCGUCACGGCACAGCGCAUGGAGGCGACGAAGCAUCUGUUCCGAAGCUCUGUCAUCUGGACCACUCCCCUUCGUCUCCCUGUCGUCCAGCCUUACCGCACUUCAAAGCGCCGCCAGGUCAAGACCAAUCUCCAGAACAUUGCCCUGCAGGAGCCAUCUGCAAUCGAUCCUGUCAGCAAGCGUAAGCAACUGCAAGGCUUCCCUCCCAACUUCAUUCAUUCUUUGGAUGCGACGCAUAUGAUGUUGUCCGCUAUUAAAUGCGAUGAGAACAACAUCGCCUUUGCCAGUAUUCACGAUUCCUUCUGGACUCAUGCUUGCGACAUUAACCAUUUGUCUGUUGUUCUCCGCGACGCUUUCGUUGCCAUGCACACUGAAGAUGUCGUCGGCCGCCUGCGCCAGGAAUUCAUUGCUCGUUACAAGGACUGUAUGUACCUUGCUGCUGUUGAUGUUCGCACGCCAGUUGGCAAGAAGAUUCUCGCACUCCAGAAGAGCCGCCCCAAAGCAACCAAGAAGACCAAGCAGCUUCAGCCGACCUUGAUCCUUCAACUUUUGGAAGAAGUUGAACGCACACGCUUACUCAACAGCGAGAACCCAGAAGAGGUCGCACAAGGUGAAGAGAUGGUCACCUCUGGCAGCAUCUUUGCCGCUGAAGCCGAUGCUGAAGACGCGCUGACCGUGCCUACCGAGCUUGUAAAUGCACGUCUCGGUGAGAUCCCCGAGAACUCGGAUGUCUUGGGCACUUCCGAGUCUGGCAGUGAUGACUUGACUGAGCCCGUCUUGUCCGACCACGAUGAUCUCGACGUUACUGGCGACGACAAGGUCGCUAAAGCAGCCGAAGACGCUGCUAUCGAUAUGGAUGAGAGCGAAGACCACGUUCCCACUAUCGAAGAGCUGAAGAAGCGAGCUGUAAAGUCCGCAAAGAAGCCUCCAGUCAAGAAGGUUUACGUCUGGUUGCCGCUCAAGUUCCCUGAGGUGCCCGAGAAGGGUGACUUUGACGUGACAAGGUUGAAGGAGAGUCAGUACUUCUUCCACUGA